GCAGAAUGCAGUUUCCCUCUGCACACUGCUAAAACAGUUUGACGAAAGGAAGGAGGACGGAGCCGGGAGAAGUGAAUGGAUCAAUGCACAAAUGAAAGAAAGAAAGUGGCCCAGGGGAAAGACAGCUCCCUCCAUGAGAGAUAAGCGUUAUUCAAAACGCGAUGUACUCAUUAGAAUCCGUAGUGGGGACUGAAGUUGGCAACAAGAAGAGAAAAAGUGGACUUUGAAGUCGGGCUACUCCUUCUUUUGAGUUGGUUCUGGGAAGCAGUAAACUGUGCAGGGCUUCUCGUUUGAGCUUUUCUCGGCCAGUCCUGCGCUGGAAGGAGUACUUUCACCAGAGCGCAACAACUGUCGCCGAGAUGCAGGGAGUUUCAACAACUGAGCUCCCUCCCUCCAUCGUACAAACUAAGUGUGGGCCUGCGGACUCCCUAGUGCUUGGAAGGAUCGCUGUCCACCCCCCCAGACCAUGUCACAGCCAUACGACCUGGAGGCACUGCUCCGAGCCUGCCACCCCAUCAAGGAGGCCCCCCGUACAAAAACCCCAAGUGCCUCCUAAACCCACUCACCUGCUUGGACAGGGGCCGGAUAAGCAGCGCAAGUGGAUUCCUCCUGCGCCAUCUCGACCCCUGCCUGCCACCCCGCCGAAGCCCAGCAAGACCCCCACCCCUCCGGGGAGGGGGGAGGAGAAGGAGUCCGUCAAAAGUGUCUGCCUCCUCAUUGAGAAAUUUGAAAAUUCCAGGGUGCCAAUACUUGGUGUUCACCGGAGAGCUCAGCUGCAUCUGUCCCUGAGCAUGGACACGGAGCCACCGGAGGCGCGGCUGGGGCUGAAGGACUCCAGCGACGCCUCCCUGGGAGAUAAACUUGCACUUAGCGUCUCAGAAAGGAUGGGAGACAUCACAGAACUCUCUGGGUUUGGCGCCCUGCGGAUCGACAGCGGCAGUGCCAGAAGUGCCGGGGACGAGAUCGUUGGAGGUGCUGGAGACGCUGACGGCACAGAGAGCUCCUGUGAGCUCAAUGACAAUCAGGCCGCAGAGCAGAAUGGGAAUGGAAAAAUUCCCAACAGGGACAGCGGGAUCGACAGCCCGUCCUGCACCGUGGAGGGAGAGGUCUUCCCCAACGAGGACGCCAUCGACGAGGAAGACCAGAGUGUGACAGAGACAGAGACGGAGCUGGAGAGCGAGGCCAGGGCCAGCAUUGCCAUGGGCAGUAAGAGGGACUCCACGCAGGACGAGGACAGUGACAUGGAUGAGAUCAGCAGUGGGGAGCAGGAGGGAGCAGAGGGGCCAAAGAGUGAGCAGUCCUCUGAGUCGUCCAAGUUCACAGAGUCCCAGAAACUGCUCAACAUUGCCAGGGAGCUCCUGCACACAGAAGAGGCCUACGUCAAGAGGCUCCACCUCCUGGACCAGGUGUUUUGCACUAAAUUAACAGGAGCCGGAAUUCCGCAGGAUGUGAUCACUGGAAUCUUCUCCAACAUUUCCUCCAUAUACUGCUUCCACGGCCAGUUCCUUCUGCCGGAGCUGAAGACGCGGAUCACCAAUGAGUGGAACUCCAACCCUCGUAUUGGGGACAUUCUCCAGAAGCUGGCCCCUUUCAUGAAGAUGUAUGGGGAAUAUGUGAAGAACUUUGACCGUGCUAUGGAUCUUGUCAACACGUGGACACAGCGGUCCUCUCAGUUUAAGGGCACUGUUCAGAAUAUCCAGAAACAGGACGUGUGUGGGAACCUGACCCUGCAGCACCAUAUGCUGGAGCCGGUGCAGCGAAUCCCACGGUAUGAGCUGCUGCUCAAGGACUACCUGAAGAAACUGCCUGAGGAUGCGCUGGACAGGAAGGACGCAGAGAAGGCCCUGGAGCUCAUCUCCACUGCAGCCAACCACUCCAAUGCUGCCAUUAGGAAAAUGGAGAAGAUGCACAAGCUUCUGGAGGUAUACGAGAGACUCGGGGGAGAGGAGGACAUUGUGAAUCCAGCCAACGAGCUCAUUAAAGAGGGCCACAUCAAGAAGAUGUCAGCCAAGAACGGCACAGCCCAGGACAGAUAUCUGUAUCUGUUCAACAACAUGGUGCUGUACUGUAUGCCAAAGCUGAGGCUGAUGGGACAGAAGUUCAGUGUGAGAGAGAGGAUUGACAUCGCUGGCAUGGAGGUCCAAGAAAAAGUUAAGCACAACUUGCCUCAUACGUUUGCAAUCAUCGGGAAACAAAGGUCGCUUGAAUUACAGGCCAGGACUGAAGAGGAAAAGGGAGAUUGGAUUCAGGUAAUCCUGGCCACCAUUGAGAGGCACAAACAAAACAGCGAGACGUUCAACAAGGCCUUUAACAGCUCCUUCUCACGGGAUGAGGACCAGCUGCCCGAGUCUCCGGGACCCUGGAGCAAUGUGUCCGUAGACUCAGAUGGAGGCAUACACGAGCGCAAGAGCUCCAGGAAGAAGGAGCAGACGUGUAAAGUCUGCAACGAGAGCUUCCACUCAAUCACCAAGCGCCGGCACCACUGCAAGGCCUGCGGGGCGGCAAUCUGUGGGAAAUGCUCAGAGACAAAGAUCUCGGAUAACAAGACCAGCCGCGUGUGCCGGGACUGUUUCGCCGGGAUGGGGGGCCAGGGGCCGGAGGGGCCGGGGGCCGCGGGGGAGCCGAGGAAGAGAGCCGCGGUGGAGAAACAGAACUCCCUGGGAACAGAAAACUGCCUCUUCUGCAGCUAUCUCCACGUCCAGGAGAAGGGGAGGAGCUGGGCCAAAGCCUGGGCCGCGGUCACCAAGACUGAGCCGUUGGUCCUCUACCUGCAGACUAGCGGUCAGGAGGGGCGUGGAGCCCGGGCCAUCCCCUUGCUUGGGUGCGAGGUGAGCCUGCCUGCGGAGAAGCAGGAGAUGAGGAACGUCUUCAAGCUGAGCCACUCCCAGCAAGUGCUCCUGUUCAGUGCCCAGGACUGCGAUCUGCUGACCAAGUGGAUGGAGGUCCUCACCAGGGCGUCCAGGGGGGAGGCUCCCGCAGAGACGCCAGUCUGUCCAGCUGAGUUCAGAAAGAGCCAAUAGCACAGUGCCGCUGAGGCCUUCGGACCCUCUGCCGCCCCUGUCCCCGCCCCCGCCCUGUGUACAGCACACAUUACUUGAAUUCACUUUACCUUGGCACUUUUUUUGUUUUUCCUCUUAAGGGACUCCUCCCCUCUGACCCCCCCCCCCCCCCCCCAUCAUAUUUGUAUUUGUGGUUUUAUAUAUAUAAUUGUUCUCUGCUGUUUGUGGAGGAAAAUCUUCUGAAUCCUUUUUUGUAUUAUAGCAUAAGAUAACGUAGAAGGCAUUCAUUAAACUGUGGUUUUUAUUUGUUUUUCGCCCUUCUUCUCAGUUACCUGUACAUUGUGCAACCGUUUGGUGAAGCAUUAACUCAUGCCUGUGUUUUUGCUCAUGCGUGUUUCAGUAUUGACUGUAAGUGGCUAAAGCUCUGCGUGUCCCGCCCCCUGUCCCACCCCAGUCAUCUCAGUGGCUGCUCUGUGAAGAAUGUACAGUGUGAAUAGUGUGUCAUUAGGAACUGAAACUCCAUUUUAAGUUAUGAUAUGUGAAAGUUUGUGGCUGGCCACUGGAUGCUCCCUCUGACACACCCCGACCCCGCCCCCUCUCUGCGUGACACCCCCUCUGAAUUAAGGGAGGCUCAUUCAUUUACCAUGGCUACUGCACCCUGAGGUAUGGUCUACUGGUCCAGUGAUUUAAAACCCAUAGCAAUGACAAGUACUGUACAUCACAAACCCAUGCCCCAGUAAUAAGAACAGUCUAGGUGUAGAGGAUCUACUGUACCUGCAUGGUAAUCCACGUAUUUAUGUGCCGUCCUUUCAAGCGGACUGGUUUGGAUUCUUGUUCUGAAUUGAAUUGUUGUAGAAAAUGGACAGAUUCAGUAUUACAUGUCUAACCAGGACCAUGCACAUGGAAAAGCAUACAGUGCAAGCAUAUCAUUAAUGCAAAUAAAGACAGAUGGUUCACAAAA